GCUUUUGACUUUUUGGACUAUCAGCGAAGCUUCUUAGCUCUGUUCACUUUUUCCUUCCAAAUCUGCCUUCCCUCUCCUUUCGGUUCUCACCCUUUCCUUCUUUUCUCUCCUAAUUUUGUACUCUUUAAUGGGUUGUGCCGGAUCGUCGCAGGCCAAAGGCAACGGGCCUGUGAAAAAAAUCCGGAAGCCUAAACCUUGGAAGCAUCCCCAACCAAUAUCAAAGACAGAUCUUGUGCGGAUGCGUGAUGAAUUUUGGGAUACUGCACCUCAUUAUGGUGGCAGAAAAGAGAUCUGGGAUGCACUUCGAGCUGCUGCAGAAGCUGAUCUGACGCUAGCACAAGCAAUUGUGGAUAGUGCAGGGGUCAUUGUACAAAGUGCUGAUUUAACCAUUUGUUAUGAUGAAAGAGGUGCAAAAUACGAAUUGCCCAAGUAUGUUUUGAGCGAGCCAACCAACUUGAUUUGAAGUAAUAUGAGGAACUGUAUGUGUUGAAAAUUGAUUGUAAAUCAUGUAUAUCACAAUAUUACUUCCUUUCUAAUGUUUCUUUUCGGUAUGUACUUUGAAAGAUUUCCCGUAUUGAUCAAUUGGGACUUGCGCUGUAAGUUCAUUUUGAUCCAAAGAAAGGAAUGAAAUGUCUAUUCGGAGUUGUCACGGUAUUGGUUUA